AUGACCUUGUUUGGAAUGAUGGUUAUUGUUCUACUAGUAUAUGCUCGAUUUUAUGCCAUUAACUAUCAACAAGAACGAUUGACUGUCGUCUAUCCUGAAAAUAAGACACAUUCGGUAUGGAGUGAUACGAUGAGAUCGAAAAGUAUUCCUUCAGUUCCACCGUCUGGCCAUCUAAUUUCCGCCGAUUCUGGACGUUACAGUUCACAUCAACCGCAUGUACAUUACGCUGGAAGUGUUGUAUAA